AUGGGGAUACUGGCACCAUUAAAAUUGACCGAAAUUUGUGCCAGCGGCCUGAUGCAACACGCCUCGUUGGCCGCGAUAGGCCGAAGAGCGACGAUAGAGACGCAGGACAGCCUCUCUGAUUCUUUUGAAGGGCACAGCUCCAAGGAGACUUCUUCUCGAUCCCCAGAGCGUUUGUCUUGCGGGUCAGGGGCCGCAUCACCUCUGCCCUCACAGCCACCUCGAGUGCUGCGUCUAGACGAAGUGCUGGAGCACCUCCGGGCAGUAGAUCACCAGCUUCGUGCUCUUCAUGUCUCCAGGUACCCAAUAUUAACUCCUCCGCUCGCAACCUCCUGUGGACAAGAGGUUUUUUAA